AAGAAAACUGAACAAAUGAGAGAAAAAGUUAAAGAGGAAUAUGUAGCCAUGACCAAAGCCUGAGGAGACAAGAAAUAUUUAACAACUAAAGAAAUGAAAUGUUUUCUAAUGUGGAGCAGGUUUUAACCGAGCCUUUGUUUGUGAAUGAGGAAACAACGUUCAGAUUCACAGCGCUGCUCCUCUUCCUGGAAUAAACCAGAGCUUGAUCACCCCUCCCUCUUCCUCCUGCUCUCUAACACAGCCAGCUCCACUCUGUCCACAUAUUCCCUUGUUCCCUCCCCUUCAGAUCUACAGUUUAAAGGAGAGGCGUAACCAACAUGGUGGUGAAGCACAAGAGCUGACAGGCCCAGUUCACUGAACAAACACAUGUUGUUCAGAUCAGAAGUCAAAGUACAGACGCUGCUAAGGAAGUGAAACUCAGACAGUCAUUGCCACAGAGAGGUGAAAUGGCGCAGAAAGGAGUUGAGCUGGAUCGGGAAAUCUUCUCUUGUUCCAUCUGUCUGGAUCUACUGAAGGAUCCGGUGACUACUCCCUGUGGACACAGCUACUGCAUGAACUGUAUUAAAAGCUUCUGGGAUGGAGAGGACGAGAAGAAAAUCCACAGCUGUCCUCAGUGUAGGCAGACCUUCACACCGAGGCCUGUGCUGCUGAAAAACACCAUAUUAGCAGUUUUAGUGGAGCAGCUGAAGAAGACUGGACUCCAAGCUGCUCCUGCUGAUCGCUGCUAUGCUGGACCUGAAGAUGUGGCCUGUGAUGUCUGCACUGGGAGGAAACUGAAAGCUUUCAAGUCCUGUCUCGUCUGUCUGGCCUCUUAUUGUGAGAAACACCUCCAGCCUCAUUAUGACUCAGCUCCUUUCACAAAACACAAGCUGGUGGACCCCUCCAAGAAGCUCCAGGAGAACAUCUGCUCUCGUCACGAUGAGGUGAUGAAGAUGUUCUGCCGUACUGAUCAGCAGUGUAUCUGUUACCUCUGCUCUGUGGAUGAACACAAAGGCCACGACACAGUCUCAGCUGCAGCAGAAUGGACUGAGAGGCAGAGAGAGCUGGAGGGGAGUCGACAAAACAUCCAGCAGAGAAUCCAGGACAGAGAGAAAGACGUGAAGCUGCUUCAACAGGAGGUGGAGGCCGUCAAUCGCUCUGCAGAUGAAGCAGUGAAGGACAGCGAGAAGAUCUUCACUGAGCUGAUCCGUCUCAUGGAGGAAAGAAGCUCCGAUGUGAAGCAGCAGGUCAGAUCCCGACAGAAAAGUGAAGUGAGUCGAGUCAAAGAGCUUCAGGAGAAGCUGGAGCAGGAGAUCGCUGAGCUGAAGAGGAACGAAGCUGAGCUGAAGCUGCUCUCGCACACAGAGGAUCACAACCAGUUUCUACGCAACUACACCUCACCGUCAGGACUCAGCCAAUCUGCAGACUCGUCCGGCAUCGAUAUCCGUCCUCUGCGCUACUUUGAGGAUGUGACAGCGGCUGUGUCAGAAGUCAGAGAUAAACUGCAGGACGUUCUGAGUGAGAAGUGGACAAACGUCUCACUGGCAGUGACUGAAGUGGACGUUUUACUGUCCAAUUCAAAAGUAGAGCCCGAGACCAGAGCUGGAUUCUUAAGAUAUUCACGUGAUAUCACACUGGAUCCAAACACGGCAUCCACAAAACUGUUAUUAUCUGAGGAGAACAGGAAAGCAACAUUAAUGAGAGAACAACAGUCUUAUUCUAGUCACCCAGACAGAUUCACUACAUGUUGUCAGGUCCUGAGUAGAGAGAGUCUGACUGGACGUUGUUACUGGGAGGUGGAGUGGAGAGGAGGAGUAGUUUAUGUAGCAGUCGCAUACAAGAAUAUCAGCAGAACAGGGAGCCGGGAUAAAUGUGGAUUUGGAUUAAAUGACAAAUCUUGGGCGUUAGAUUGUGACAAAAACAGUUUUACAUUUUGGUACAACAAAGUCCAAACUCCCGUCUCUGGUCCUCAGUCCUCCAGAGUAGGAGUGUACCUGGAUCACAGUGCAGGUAUUCUGUCCUUCUACAGCGUCUCUGAAACCAUGACUCUCCUCCACAGAGUCCAGACCACAUUCACUCAGCCUCUCUAUGCUGGACUUUGGUUUGGUUCUUAUGGAGCCACUGCUGAGUUCUGUAAACUCAAAUAGACAGAAGUCAUUUAAGGAACAGCGGGUUAAAUUCUGUGUUUUAAUUCUUAAACUCAUUUUGUUUCCAUCUUUGUUGCUGAGAGCUGAUUUUUCUUCACCUGUCAAUCAAACAUUAUGGGCGGUACUUUGACAUCUUCUCAUUAUUGUUGUGUAAAUGUUUGAGUCUCUUUAGGUGGCGCUCCUUCCUGUGUCUGUUUAGCCACGGAGGCUAUCACUGCUCAUGAUGAUCUUUAUUUACCUGAACUGAUAUUUCUCUGCAUGAAAACAUGAAUUUAUCUGAGCUCUAAAUGUUUUAAUAUUAUUUUCAUUGGUGUUUGUGUUUAUUGUUGUGUCUAUUCAACUGCAUGGGUCUUAAAGAGAGAAAGCACCAGAGCUUCUUUUAUCUAAGAUAUUUUGUUCUCAUCACUUUUUGUAAAGAUAUCCUGAAGUUAAAUGAUGUUUAUACUUUUUGAUGAAUUAAUUGUUGUUUUUGUUGUUUCCAAAUUCACAUACAAAUAAGGUACUAUGAUGUAUUUUACAACUAAUUAUCAUGAUCAUAAUCAAUAAGAAAAUCAUUUAUUAUUCUCUUUUACAUAACUGAGAUUCUGGUCAAACAAAUUGAUUAUGUGGAUGAAGUGAAUCUGUACAUGAAAUCAUUGAACAAGAGUAAUUUAACAGACUUUAUUAAUGGGAUGUGAACAAACUGA